GAGGAGGUGGCUAUGGCUGCAGCGCGGCGGCAACGGCGGCUGCGAAGGAGCGCGCGCCCGGCUUUGAAUGAGCGGUGCUGGGACUGAAGGAGCAGAGCGCGAGCUCGAGGAAGCGACCGGCAGCGCGUGCACGCGCCUUAAGUGCGCGCGCGGCCCGUGGCAGCUCGGAACCUCCGCCGGGCGGGCGGGGAGGGGGAGGGGCAGGAUUUGAGUCCCACCAUGGCCAUCACACAAUUCCGCUUAUUUAAAGUUUGCACCUGCCUAGCGACAGUAUUCUCAUUUCUAAAGAGAUUGAUAUGCAGAUCGGGCAGAGGACGGAAAUUAAGUGGUGACCAAAUAACUUUGCCAACUACAGUUGAUUAUUCAUCAGUUCCUAAGCAGACAGAUGUUGAAGAGUGGACUUCGUGGGAUGAAGAUGCACCUACAAGUGUAAAGAUUGAAGGAGGGAAUGGGAAUGUGUCAACACAACAGAAUGCUUUGGAACAACUGGAACCAGACUAUUUUAAGGACAUGACACCAAACAUAAGGAAAACUCAGAAAAUCAUUGUUAAGAAGAGAGAACCAUUCAAUGUUGGCAUCCCAGAUGGUAGCACUGGUUUCUCCAGUAGAUUAGCAGCUACACAAGAUAUGCCCUUUAUUCAUCAAUCUCCUGAAUUAGGUGACUUAGAUACCUGGCAAGAAAAUACCAAUGCUUGGGAAGAAGAAGAAGAUGCGGCCUGGCAAGCAGAAGAAGUCUUGAGGCAGCAGAAAAUAGCAGACAGAGAAAAGAGAGCAGCAGAACAACAAAGGAAAAAAAUGGAAAAGGAAGCACAGCGGCUAAUGAAGAAAGAACAAAACAAAAUUGGGGUGAAACUUUCCUAACGAAGAGUUUUUCUUCUUUAAGUGUCAGUGCCAGUAGGAGACACCUGAGUGCCACAACCCAGGCAAGAUGUGUGUGGAUGGAAGCGUGGUUCCGGCAUACAAACAUGCUGCUUGACUUUAGUGCAUUCAUCAGGUCACCCGGCACCCAGGAUUUGCCCAAAGUACUCACAACUCUUGUGGUUGAGA